ACAACGUAAUAAGAAACAAAGAAGAAGUCGUCUAUCGAUGGUUGUUGGGGGAGGGAAAUCGCAGUGCAGUGUGGGACAGCGACGGAGUUUGGCUAACGCGAACGACCGAGAAAAUGGAUGUGUUUCUCAUGAUUCGGCGCCACAAAACGACCAUCUUUACUGAUGCCAAGGAGUCUACCACUGUUUAUGAGCUGAAGCGCAUUGUGGAGGGGAUCCUGAAAAGGGCACCAGAGGAGCAGAGACUCUUCAAGGAUGAUCAGUUGUUAGAGGACAGUAAAACUCUUGGGGACUGUGGGUUCACUAAUCAGACUGCAAGACCUCAGGCCCCAGCCACUGUAGGGCUAGCUUUUCGCAUCAAUGAUGAGGUGUUUGAGCAGCUGCGGGUAGAACCAUUCUCCAGCCCCCCUGAGCUCCCAGACGUAAUGAAGCCCCAGGACUCUGGCAGCACUGCUAACGAGCAGGCCGUCCAGUGAGGAAUGAAAGGAGCAGGAAUUGGUGGGGAGGGAGAGGCAGAUGGGGUGAGGAAGAACAAAGUCUGAGGGGGAAAAAAAGGAGGAAAGGGGAGUUAUUGUGGAAGCGGCAGAGGGAAGUGAUACGCUGUAUCAUCUUCAUCUAAAGUAUCACUCUCUAUUACCCCAGAAUACUAAGCAAACAUGCAUUCUAUUAAUGCCUUUCCCCAAUCCACCUCAGCACACAAAUGCACGUUUAGAUUUGCAUAAAAUCAACCUGAAAACUGGCAUAUUGCUAUCAGUUAUACAGGAGAAACAAGGAACAGAUAAUUUGCAGUAACAUGUAAACUGAUGCGUCUAGUUUUGGGGGGUAGGAUGACUAAAUAUGUAAUGUGUUUGUGUGUGUUUGGUAUUUUGGGGAGGAUUGCAGUUAUACUGUGUUAUGAUAAUUAUGAUUAUUCUUAUUAGUAAGGAUUGUAAUGAUUUUAAGGGAGAAUAUACUGGGGAAGGGGCGUGUUGUGUGUGUUAGCCUACCUAGAGAAAAUGUGCAUGAAACAUAGAAAUAUACACAAAACUGGACCCUGGUCAGUUUCACACACAAGCUGUUGCAAAAAAUCUUUCACAGAAGUUGACCAUUUCAAUGUAAAGCUCUGCUGUUUUACAGAUUUCUCUUAAGGUUUGGUUUCUUGCUGUCUUGUAUUGUCUUACACAUCAGUUCUCCACCCUGGUCUUUGGAGUUUCCAUGGGUGUAUUAUUUUGUUCCAAGUUUACUGUCCUUAUUCAGAUAAUUGGCAUGGUCUAUAUGUAAUUGAAGCUUUUAAAAUGUUUUAGUUAUUAAAUUGUGUCAAAACAUGUUCAAAAAUUUAUAUAAGUGUUUGUGCUCAAACCAAAGACACAAUGUCAGUAAAACUUGUGACAUUUGGAAAAAUAUGUGUCAAAUUUAAAGAUUAGCUUGAACUCCUGGUCCAGAUGGAGAACUGAUAAUAUACAGUACUAAUCAAGUAAUUAUCAGUUCUUUGUAGCACAUUUAACACUGACUGGCACAGACCAGAUUUGGAGAUUGCUUUUGCUCUUCUCCCAUGUAUACUGUGUCAUGUGACAGAACUUGAGUUGGACACCACAGUCCUGCAACUAAAUCUGUAACUUUGUGAGUUGAAUAAAGACUGCUUUUUCUUUUUCA